UGAAAGGAAAAUCUCGCCUCAACGCCAAAUGUUAGCGGGAAAUCGUCAUAAUUUCUGCUAAUGCCAAGUUCAGAUCUUUCGCCAUGAACUCGCAGGUGAUGUAUCAUAAUGUGCCGACUCCGCCGGGCAACGUAUCUCUGGCUGCAGCCGCUCCCGAUGGCGGUUUGCUCUACGCCGGCGUUCGCUGUAUCAACUACAUUUCCGCUCCGCCGGCAAGCGGCGAGCAUCCCAAAGUGGUGACCAUGUCGACACGCAUCAACAUCCUGGCCCUGGACGUGAGUCCUCUUUGGGGAAAUGGUGUGGGAAGUCCGACCAAACCGUUCGCCAUUGUUGGCGACGAUCUGAGUGUUCAGGUCUGGGACUGCGGACUCGGGGAAGCUAUCAUCGGGCACAAGGCCCACCAGCAUCAGCACGAGGCGCGCGAUGUUCGUUCCGUGCAUCACACCACCAGCUCUGUGCUGAUGAGCUACUUGGCCAACGGUAACAUUCUGUCCAUGGACGCCAGCGACCUGGUCAUCUACUGCGUUGCCUCGAACACCUACUGUCGUCGGCCCACAUUCAUUUCGCCGAGGAACCACCAGCUCACCCUGUUGCGCUGUUCUCCCUACAACGACAACCUGUUUGCUGUGGGCACAGCUAUGGGAAACGUGUUGGUCUGCGACCUCCGCAAGAUGAACAUCAUCUACAAAUUCCACGGUCAUAAGGCGCCCAUUUGCGGACUGGCCUGGCGAGAGGUGCCCGGACCGCCGGAGGAGCCCCUUAACGAUUUGACUUCAAGGGCUGAGCAAUGGCGCAACCGUAACGGUGGUCAGGAGGAGAAACCCAAGAAGGCAAAGCCACCACCGCUUGCCAAAUCCAGGGCAGCCGAAUCGGACGACAUGUUCGACAUUUACAACUUUGAUCAUCUCGAAUGUGAAUUUGGAGCACCCGUGGCUGUGCGUCGUAAAUCGUCCGAAGACUGCGGCGGCGGAUUUGUGGGUCUGGAGAAGCCGACUGGUGCCGCCGCGCUGGAUUUUGUCGAAGCCUGCGAAAGCGUGAAGGCGGAUCUGUUGGCCAACCGCCAGGAAGAAAACACCGAGCAUGUGGAGGUGACCCUAAAGGACUGUGAGCCUACAAAACCCUCGGGGCCGCUGAGUGACGCCAGCACCAUAAGCAACAAACACGAUGCCAGUGAUUCAACCGAAGGCAGCCUCGAAGUCAUCCAGUACAGCUCCUCCAGCGAUGAUGCCGUGAUCGUCGACGGCGAGGCAGCAAAGCCCAAAAGAGAGGUGCUUCAUCACAUCUACCACCAAGCUGAGGUGCACGCCUCGGAAACUCCACAGGCAAACUUCGAGCCCCAAAGUAAUCUCCAAACAGUACCGGCUAUCAGUACGGAGACCAUUAGCUCGACUUCAGCAACAACCGCUCGUUCGGACACGCUGCUGGUUUCCAUUGACGGGGAUGAGGUGAUGAUGAUUUGGAACACAAAUACAGGAGCACAUGCUGGCAAAAACUACAGCAAGAGCAAGGCGGCAGGAAAGCUUAACAAUGUUUACUGGCUGAACGACCAGGUCAUUGUUUCCCUGAGUCGCCAUCAGUUGUUCUUCUGGUCACUGGAGUUUGAACGGAAGAUGUUGCGCUACAAGAUCACCAAGGACAGAGGACACAGUUGUCAUCUGCAGGACAUUGUGUCGUUUGCCUGCGACUCUAGCAAAGAGAUGAUAUGGUUGUGCAGGAACAAUCGUCAAAUUGGAAUGAUAAACCCACAGACUGGCCAAGCGAGUGCCUUUUACGGCACAGUGGCAUUUGGAGUGCGAGCGAUGGCCGAGUGUCCGGAUGAUAUGAACAAAAUCGCUUUGGGUUGCUCGGACCGACGGGUGGCCUUCUUUGAUGUCUCUAAGCUCUCGACCAGCUGCCUGCCCAUCGAUAGCGUCUAUGUGACCAGCAAUGUGUACUCCCUGGCCUGGAGUCCAAACUGCUUGGAGCUGGCCUUUGGCACCUUCGACGGAACGGUUGGCAUCCUUGAUGUGGAGCGCAUGAAGGUGAAGACCCACUUGCGGACGCCCCACAAGAAGGAAGUGUACUCCCUGGUGUGGCAGGACCACUACAUAUACUUCAUCGUGAAUCGCGUUUUCGGGUUCUUCGACAUGAGUAAAUCAAAAACUGAACCAACAAUCGUCAACUGCAUUUCUCGGCCCAGUUAUCUUUGUGUGCGUGGCUCCUUCCUUUUUGUGGGCACCGACGAUGGUCUGCUUCAGCUCCAUGAACGAGAUUCCGGAAUGGACAAGUCCUGGACUCCCUUUAUCCGCCAAUCAGCUUUGCUCCCGCGUUAUGUGACCGAUAUAGCUUGGAACCCGCUGGACAGCAAUAGGUUUGCUGUGGCGGGUAACGAUAAGACCCUGUACGUUAUGGAGUUCCAGCCGACGGAGCGCAACUGGAAACCACAGCUCAAAUUCACGGCGAGCGCAGAGAAGGCAUCGAUUACCUCGCUCAAGUGGAGCCAUAGCCAGAAGCACCUGCUGCUCUCUUUCCACAUCGAGGGAAAGGUUUGCCUGUGGAACUGCAACGAGCCGGAGAAACCACCACUAACCAUCACCUACCACUGCCCCAUGUGGUGCGGAAUGUUUUUGCCCACCGACGAGAACAUCAUUAUAUGCUCGGGAAAGGCGCUUUCUGUGGAGCUAAUUGACAUCAAAGAAGCUUUGGCCGGCGAUGAGAAGAACAUCUGCCCCAAGGUGGAUGCCCUACUGAACGUCAAAUGGGCCAGCAAAUCCCUGACACAGCCCUAUGCCCCAGUACUCACAGCAGCUGAGAAGAAGCGACAGCGACGGGAACAUCGCAAAAUCACGGCAAAGCAAGAAACAGAAUCCCACAACAAGGAAGGAAAGAAAAUCCAGGAGCAUAACGCAAUUGUGAACGACAGUUCUGCUGCGACCACACCACUAAAUGAUAAUCCAGUCAACGAUAUACCAGUGCAUGAGACUCCCGUUGAGGAGAUGCUGGGAGCCCUCAGCUUGGACAAAAAAGCCAAAAAAGUUAAGGCUAAUGAGUGCACAAAGUGCAAGGAACAGGAGAACAAGCAGAUGCCCGACAGUUUUCUCACUCAUAGUCGCACCUGUCUCUACCUCGUCCAGAAGGAGCUGAACAAAAGUGCUCUCGAGAAACUAGCCGUCGUUUUAACAGAAGACGCUGCCAAGAUCGACAAGUCAGUGCUCAUGUCAAAGCUUUUUAGUACCAAGGUGAUGGCGAAGGAGCUCAUUGCAACAGAAUUGAGUAAUUUAAAGCAGUCCAAUACAAAAGACAUUGCUCCUCUUUGCCUGGCCAUUUCUACGUUCAAGUUGCGCGAGGAGCUGGAAAUGCAUAUGGCCAACAAGACCCUAACCGAAUGGCACCUCUCGGUGGCUCCUUCAGUGUCUUUUACGCUUUGGCAGGACUGCUGUCGUGCUUAUGCCAAGCAGAUGGAGGAAAAGGGCUAUAUCAUGCACGCAGCCACCUAUCUUUUCAGUCUGGGAAUGCAGUCAGAAGCCAUCGAUUUGUUCCUGGCCCACGAGUAUUACAAGGAGGCUCUGGUUCAUGCUAGAAUCUGUUUGCCAGCGACGGAUCCCAUGAUCAAAACCAUAAUAAACAAAUGGCUUGACCAUUUAGAGGGUACGGGCAACUUCGGAGCGGCUGCCUUGAUUUGCGUUUUGGACAACGAAAUGCUGCGCGGAUACUCUUAUUUAAGGAAAUUCCGCAACUGCACUCCGGAGAUCGCCGAACUAAUGGACCAAAUCAAACGGAUUGGUCAACUCGGCGGAGUGUUAGAUGGUUGUGCUCCCAUUGAACCGAUCCACAAUGGAUCCACUGCCGAUCAUUAGGCCUCAAUUAAUUUUGGCUUAAGCAUAGUUUUAGCUGAAACAGGCUGUCUUAGUUUACGCGUUUGAAAUCGUCCCGAAACAAUCAUGAAGCUAUUUUCUAUUAGCUAGGCAUUUAAAAAGUGUUCAUCCAUAAAAAUAAUUUUCAUACUUAGAUAGUCAGAGACUGAGUGGAAUUGAUUUCUGUUGUUAUUUGAAUAGCACUAUUUUAUUUAAUUUACCCCAAAGAAAGGAGAAAAACACCUCAAGAAAUACAUAUAUCAAAGGCACAAUAGCUAGUAAAGAAACACCCAAAUUGAAUAAACGAAAACUGAAAAAAAGAAA